AUUACCAGAAAAACAUGGCGACCUCCAUGAGCGCUGUUGCGAGAGUCGGAGGCUUUGCUCUAACUGCCUUAAAACCAGUCUCCAGUCAGUGUCUCAGGCCACCUCCGAGCACGAUCCGCUUCACCCCGCACCGCUUCACGCAUGAAAUCCGGAGCAGCCUGUUGGAGCACGUCCGCGCGGGCUACAGCGACAAGCCGGAGCUGGACAUGACGGCGGUGUGUGAGGAGACCGACAAAGUCAUCCGUGAUGUGGAGAACAGGAAGGGAGACCUGCGAGGGGACGAGGUCCGCAAGAUUGUUUGCGUCUGGCAGGAGCUGCAGGCGGUCAGGUCUGCAGUGUCUGAGCUGGAGAAGGAGAGGAAACACAUCAGUGACACUGUGAAAGCUUUGGUGCAAAACAAUGACAAGAAAGCCCUUCCCAAUGUUCCAGAGUACACUCAGGCUCUGCAGAGGGGUCGGGAAAUCCGCAACAAGCUGAACCAGCUCAGCCUCAGACAGACCGAGCUGGAGGAGGAACAUUACAGCCAAGCACUGAGGCUGCCCAACUCCUCACACCCCGACGUGCCAGUUGGAGAUGAGAGCCAGGCCAGGGUGGUGGAGUUUGUCGGAGAGAAACCAGAGUUUGAUUUCAAGCCCAGAGGCCACCUGGAGUUAGGGGAGAAGUUGGGCCUCAUCAGACAGAGACAUCUCGCUCAUGUCUCAGGCCACAGGUCGUACUACCUGAGGGACGCCGGCGCCAGACUUCAAACCGCUCUCCAGAACUUUGCCCUGGACACACUGCAGCGACGGGGCUUCAUCCCCAUGGUUGUGCCCGACAUGCUGAAAGGAGCUGUGUUCGAGGGUUGUGGGAUGCAACCAAACGCCCAUCGCUCUCAGGUCUACUCCCUGAACCCGGCUCGCUUCACAGACCUCCACCUGGCCGGAACAGGAGAGGUCGGCGUGGCAGGUUAUUUCAUGGAUCAUGCAGUGAACUGGAAGGACCUGCCUGUCAGGACGGUCUGCAGCAGCACCUGCUACAGAGCAGAGACGGACACGGGCAGGGAGACGUGGGGACUCUACAGAGUUCAUCACUUCAAUAAGGUGGAGAUGUUUGGAGUGACAGCAGAUGAGACGGGACAAGAAAGCACUCAGCUGCUGGAAGAGUUUGUUUCUUUACAAAAAGAGCUGUUUUCUGCACUGGAACUCCACUACAGAGUGCUGGACAUGCCGACUCAGGAACUGGGCCUUCCUGCCCACAGGAAGUAUGACAUAGAAGCCUGGAUGCCUGGAAGGAACAGCUAUGGAGAGAUUUCCAGCGGAUCAAACUGCACUGACUACCAGAGCAGACGUCUCAACAUCUUGUAUGAGCAAGAGGACGGCAGCCUGCAGUACGCCCACACAGUGAAUGCCACGGCCUGUGCUAUCCCCCGGACUCUUAUCGCCAUCCUGGAGACUCACCAGACCAAAGAGGGAACAGUGCGAGUUCCCCGAGCCCUGCAGCCUUAUCUGGGACUGGAAGUUAUUGAGAAACCAAAGUAUACUCCACUGAAAUAUAUUGGACCGAACCAGGCCAACCGGCCACCCAGACCCGCGCCUAAGAGGAGAUGACCCCGGUUGAUUGAACUGACACUAGCGCUACAGAUGGCAGUGAAAAAAAUGGUCAGAUAGCUAAUGAAUAUGGAUUUGUUUUGUGGACAUUGGCAUCAGAUAACAUUAUACAAUCUCAUUGAAUGAAAUAUAAAAUUGAAUUACAUCAAUUUUCAUGCUGUCGCCAUGUUUUCUCCCUCUAUUUGGAAAAUGUACAUGAAUUCCUAAAGCCUGACUCUGGAUGAUUAGAGGAACU